GACAAGUGGGAAGAGAAGGCUCAGGAGGGUAAGUCCUUUGACAUCUUCUGUGAUGUGGGCCACAUGGCGCUGAACACGCUCAUGAAGUGCACCUUUGGAAGAGGAGACACCAGCCUGGGCCACAGGGACAGCAGCUACUACCUUGCAGUCAACGAUCUCACUCUGUUGAUGCAGCAGCGCCUUGUGUCCUUCCACUACCAUAAUGACUUCAUCUACUGGCUCACCCCACAUGGCCGCCGCUUCCUGCGGGCCUGCCAGGUGGCCCAUGACCAUACAGACCAGGUCAUCAGGGAGCGGAAGGCAGCCCUUCAGGAUGAGAAGGUGCGGAAGAAGAUCCAGAACCGGAGGCACCUGGACUUCCUGGACAUUCUCCUGGGUGCCCGGGAUGAAGAUGACAGCAAGCUGUCAGAUGCAGACCUCCGGGCUGAGGUGGACACAUUUAUGUUUGAAGGCCAUGACACCACCACCAGUGGUAUCUCCUGGUUUCUCUACUGCAUGGCCCUGUACCCUGAGCACCAGCAUCGUUGUAGAGAGGAGGUCCGUGAGAUCCUGGGGGACCGGGACUCCUUCCAGUGGUGAGUGAGUCUGAGGGUGGGCCCAGUUUAUCCUGCUCAGCCCUUGGGAAGGGCGGUGCCCAUCCUGUCCUGAACCAUCCUGGAAAUCAGGUGAGGUGGCGGCGGCUGUCCUGUUUCCCCCAGUGUCAUACGAUUUGUGACAGCGGGGGUUGGGGGGU